AUGGAGUAUCUUGAUGCACGAAUUAAGAACGCUAAGAGUUUUAAGGACGAUUGGACCCAAAUACGGGAUUUAUAUUCUAGAAAACUCUGGCAUCAAUUGACAUUGCAGGUUUUAGAGAGUCUAAACAAGCCUGGGUUUACGGCCUCGAUAGACUUAAAUGAAUUUGAUCAACAGCUUCUCAAUUCCAUCAAAGCGAAGAUUAAUCCACUUUCACUCGCUGAAAUUUUGGUACCGAUGAGCAAUGAGAUGGUGACAAAAGAUCCACAAAGCACCAUUAAAUUUCUCGAAGAAAAUCGCGACAAGUAUAUGGGCAUGAAUGAUGAGGCUCUAAUCUUGGCCCAGUCAACGAUCGGCAUGAUUCGUCUCCUCAUUCUUCAAGAUCUACCUGGUGCUCGUGAUAUUAUCGAAGCUACGGGUGACAUUUUGUCGAAAAUUGAUGGGGUCACUCCUGUCCAUUCGCGAUACUAUCGAAUGAGCUCUCAGUACUUUAAGCUCAUGGGUCAGCACGCGGAGUACUAUCAGGAGGCUCUUCGCUUUCUCGGUUGCACCGACUUAUCUGAACUCUCUGAAACGGAGAAACAGGAUUGGGCUUUCUCCGUCGGUCUCGCGGCUCUUCUUGGUCGGAAUGUAUACAAUUUCGGUGAAUUAAUAUCGCAUGAGAUCUUGGAGACGCUACGAUUGAAGCCGGAUGUGGCGUGGCUCGUGGAUCUGCUCCACGCUUUCAACAAGGGGGAUCUGGAUACCAUACUGCAGCUGCGGCCUCAAUGGUCGGCAGUAAAGGAUCUUUCGGAUGCGUGCGAGCUUCUACAGGAGAAGGCUCUCCUCCUCGCUCUCAUGGAGAUGUUCUUCCGCCGGCCGCCCAACCAACGCACUGUCAGCUUUACGGACAUUGCCAUGGCCACCAAAUCGCCGCUUGAUAAGGUGGAGGGCAUAGUAAUGCGGGCACUCUCCCUCAAUCUCAUGAAGGGACGCAUCGAUGAGGUGAAUCAGAAGGUCACCCUCACCUGGCUCCAACCUCGUGUUCUUGACCUCGAUCAGAUCACCAGUAUGGCGAAUCGGUUGGCGGAGUGGCAGAGGUCGGUGACAAUGGUGCGCGAUCUGGUCUCUGUGGACGCGAAGAAGUUGCUCGUUUGA